UCAUGACAUUUAUUUAGAAAAUAAUCUAUAAAAUUUUUCGUACAUAAAAUCACGUAUUUCUUUUCGUCUCCCGAUUUUUAAGUAUUAAUAAGCCAAAAUUCUAAAACAUGGAUCUAGCUUCGCCGAGUUGUGGUUGUAUGUCAACAACAGAACAUUCAUCCGAAUGCCCAACAGGUUUCAUACGUAAUCCUCAUAUCGCUCGUAUGGAUGAAGAUUUCCUUUAUCAUCUUGGUUUGGGUACGAAAACACACAAUUUGCCAGAAAUGUUCGGCGAUGUGAAGUUCGUCAUCGUAGGUGGCACACCGAAACGUAUGGAAAAUCUUGCCAAAUAUCUGUUAAACGAAAUAAAACACAAGCUACCCGUUGGCACACAAUUGUCUGACUUAACCGGCGCCGCAGAUCGUUACUCCAUGUACAAGGCAGGACCGAUUAUUUGUGUCAACCAUGGCAUGGGCAAUCCCUCGAUUAGUAUAUUACUGCAUGAAUUGAUUAAGCUCGUACAUCAUGCGAAAUGUAAGAACCCGGUUUUCAUACGACUGGGAACUUGUGGCGGUUUAGGUGUACCGGGUGGCACCGUUGUCAUUUCCGAUGGUGUGCUCAAUGACAAAUUGAAUGCCGAACAUGAAUUCAAAAUUUUGGGCAAUGUUGUGCCGCGACCCACUAAACUAGAUGCUAAUUUGGCGCAAGAGCUCAAGGCAGUAGCGAGCCCAAGCGAUGGCUUUCAAACGGUUAUAGGCAAGACUUAUUGCGCCGAUGACUUCUAUGAAGGACAAGGCCGUUUGGAUGGCGCAUUUUGUGAUUACCAAGAAGCGGACAAGAUGAGAUGGUUAAAUAUGCUGCAGCAAAGAGGUGUAGUAAACAUCGAAAUGGAGAGCUCCAUGUUUGCAGCGCUGACCCACAAUGCCGGCCUUAAAGCGGGUAUAAUCUGCGCGGCCAUAGUGAAUCGGCUGAACGGUGAUCAGAUUACAGAAACUAAAGAGACGCUCGGCGAGUGGCAAGAGCGUCCAGCUAAGCUACUAGCUCGUUACAUACGCCGACAGCUGGGUGUUUAGAAGGAGGAUUGUGCUUAAAGCGACCACAGCAGUGGCUUGCUUCAACACCAUACACCAACAGCUCACAAGCUAGAUCCAAAGUAUUCAUAGCAAACGCUUAAAAAUUAAAUACGGGAGACGAAUACUUUUUGGCAAGCAAUAUUAAAUUUUUGGUUAACCAUUUCGACAGCAACACAAUUGAAAUUUGUAUGCAAAAAGUACGUGGUUUGCUCAAUGGAGUCAUGACAAAAGCCUGAUCUUGUAGAAAUUUGUAUAUAUUUAUAU